CUCCCACCCCAAAUUUCCUUCAACCUUUCAAUUCCACCUUGGGAGGACCCUAUCUUGUCCUACCACUCCGCUAUCUUCUGCUCGCCUGUACAUUAUUUCUUUUCAGUCCAUUGAUAGCCUCGCGGGGGUUCGUCGUCUGUUCUUGCCUUGGUCCUACGAGACUCUUCAAUCCACCCGAGUCGUCCGUCUGAGUUUUUCUCCCUCCCUGUUUGCUUUUGCUGCAUCUUAACGACUGUUACGACUUUUCAUGACCACAAUGGCCCACCCCGCUGGUGAGACCGUCACAAUCUCCAUCCGUCGUCCGGUUGACGAUGCUAUCUUCGUGGCCGGUACCUUCUCCGAGCCGCAAUGGGAGCCCGUUGAGCUCAACUCCAAGACGGUAGAGACUGAGCCCGAUGACGAGGGAUUGACAUCGACGGAGUUCCUCUUCUACCACGACGUGAAGCUAUCGCCUGGUCAAUAUCAAUAUAGAUUCCGCGAGGGCGCUACCGGCCCGUGGUUCCACGACGAGGCUGUCAAACAUGCCGCAGGAGAAGGAGGCCUCGUGAACAACUUCCUCACCGUCGAAUCGAGUGUUCCCGCCGCUGCAGAGGCCAAGGAAGCCGCGCCGGAGGAGAACGGUGUUAACGGUGUCGCUGAACACGCCGCCCCCGUGCAGGAACCCGCCGUCGAGGAGAAACUGCCCGAAUCUGUUCCCGAGUUGGAUGACAAGAAGGAUGCUAAGAUCGAGGAGCCUGCCACCAAUGGCGUCGCGACACCUGAGGUCAACGGAACGGAACACGCUGAGCAGACCCCCGAGACGAACCAGGAAGACGUAACGACGAAGGAGACACCUGCUGAAAGCCAGCCUGCAGUGAAGGAAGCCGAAGAGGUCCCGGCUGCUCCCGCUGCCACCGAGGAAGCGAAGGUUGAGGCUGCAGAGAAGGUCGAAACCCUGGAACAGCCGGAAACUUCCGUGGAAAGCCCUGUCGUGGCGGAAACCGAGAAGGUUGCUGAAGAGCCGGUGCAAGAAGUGGUUUCGGAGGAGGUCACAUCGAAGCCGGAAGAGACUGUUGUUGAGAGCGCCCCUGUGGAAGCUGUCCCGGAAGCGACUCCUGCGGCAGAGUCAACCGCGCAAGAGCCCGAGGUUUCUGACGAAAAGCCUGCCGUGGAGGAAACGGCCACCGAAGUCGCUCCUAAAGAUACUGCCGCCGCGGAACCAGCUGCCGAAGAACCAGCCAUCGAAAAGCCCGUCGCCGAGCCGUCGACGGAGGCUGCUGCUGUCGAGGAAACUACCCAUGAGGUCGCCAAGGAAGAGCCCAUAUCGGAGAAGCCGGUCGAGGCGUCCGCCGCUGAGACGACUGCUGAGCCUCUCGCCGAGGAGCCCGUCAAGGAAUCGACCGAGGAAAACAUUACGGCUACUGAGACCGCCGCUGACGCUGCCCCCGAAGAGCCCGCCAAGGAGUCGGUCAAGGAGGAAGCAGUGGAGGAACCCAAGGAAGCGCCCAGCACUGAGGUGUCGACUGCUGAGCCCACAACUGAGGAGCCCGCGCAGGAUGUCGCCAAGGAGGAACCCAAGGCUGAAGAGUCUACCGAGGUGCCUCCUGUUGCCGAGCCCGCCGCUGAAGCCUCGAAGGAAGUGAUCCAGGAGCCGACUACAGAGACCUCUACCGCCGCGCCUGUUGUCGAAGAAACAACGGCUGAGCCUAGCAAGGAGGUGGCGGAAGAACCGACUGUUGAAGAGGCCCCCGUGGAGUCUACGCCUGUUGAAGAGUCGGUCAAGGAUGCUGUCGCCGACGAAACCGCUACGGAACAGCCCGCUGUCGAGGAGCCGGCUGCCACCCAAGCUUCCGAAACCCCUGUUGAAGAAUCCGUCCCUGUGAGCACUGCCUCCGCGGAGGCCGCAGAGUUGGUUACCGCUGAGGCUGUCAGUGUGACUCCGGUUGUUGAAAAUUCGACUGAGCUACCCGCUGAAGAAGUUCCCACCGAGACUGUCACAGAGAAGGUGGACGAACCUGCUGAGGAGCACUCUACCGAGGAGACUGCCAAGGAGGUUCCUGCUGAGUCUUCGCCUACGGAAGAGCCCGCCCAGAAGGAGACCACUGUCGAAGAGCCGGUCACGGAGAAGGUGGAGGAACCAACUGAACAGGUCACGGAACCUACGGAGGAAGUCACCAAGGAAGAGCCUGUUGUCGCCGAACCGACCGUCGAGGCCGUAGCAGAGUCUGUGGAGGAGGCGAAGGAGGCUGCUGCGGAGGAGCCUGUGACCGAAACCGCCGAGGCUUCCACCACCGAAGCCGUCGAGGAAGUUGCCAAGGUUGAACCAGCUGUGGAGGAACCAGUGGUUGAGCAGCCUACUACUAAAGAACCAGUUGUUGAGACUGCUGAGGAAUCGUCUCCUAAGGAAACCGCUGCGGAGGAGGCCGUGGCUGAGGCCGUCGCGGAAGAACCCGCUACUGAGGCUGUCACUGCAGAGGCCGCGGAGACCACUCAAGAGCCUGCGAUUGAGGAACCGGCUGCGGAGACGCCAGUGGAGGGAGUGGUCGCAGAGCCUGUCCAGGAAACCGCUGCUGAGGAGCACGUUCCUGAGGUGCCUGCCGCUGAAGAGCCCGCUGCUGAGCUUGUCGCUACAGAGGUCGCUGAGGAAUCUGCUCAGCAGCCUGCUGUCGAAGAGCCUGUCUCUGAGACUCCGGUCGCGGAAGUCGUCCAAGCUGCCGUUGAGGAGCCAGCUGUCGAGGAGCCUGUGGUUGAACACAAGGAGAUCGUGGAGGAAGCCGCCCCAGCUCAGGAAUCCGAACUUCAGGAGACUGCUGAGGUUCCCGCCGAAGAGGCCAAGGAGGUGGUCGCUGAGGACGUCAAGACGGCUGCUGAAGAGCCGACCCCAGUGCCUGUUGAAGCUCCAGUUGUUGAAGAGCCUGCUAAGGAGGAACCCACCCCUGAGACUAAGCUUGAGGAAGCUCCUAAGGAGCUGACUGCGGAGGAGCCUGCCGAGGAGCUCAAUGCCGACGAGUCGGACGAAUCGUCGAACCUGGCAGAGUCUACUAUCGCUACGACUGCUGGAGAUGAGAUUAUUUUCGAAACUCAGUCGACCAAGGAUGCCGACCUUGCCAGCGAGGAGGCUGCCGAGGAGCAUGCCGAGGAGCCCGCCAUGGAAGAGCCCACCGUCGAGGAGCCCGCCAUCGAGGAGCCCGUCGUCCAGGAGCCCGUUGUUGAGGAGCCUACUGUUGAGAAGGCUGCUGCUCAGGAGCCCGUCCAGGAACCUGCUGUCGAGAAGGUUGCCGUCGAGGAGCCCGUCGUCGAAAAGGCCGCUGCCGAGGAGCCUGUUGUCCAGGAGCCCGCAGUUAAGGAGGUAGUCAUUGAAGAGCCUGCUGUCCAGGAGCCUGCCGUCGAGAAGGCUGCUGUUGAGGAGCCUGUUGUCGAAGAGCCCGUCGUUGAGGAGCCCGCUGCCAAGGAGGCUGUCGUCGAAGAGCCCGUUGUGCAGGAGGCUGUCGCCGAAGAGCCUGCCAUUGAGGAGCCCGCCGCCAAGGGGGCUGUCGUUGAAGAGCCAGCUGUUCAGGAGCCUGUUGUUGAGGAGCCGGCUGUCGAGAAGACUGCCGUUGAAGAGCCAGCUAUUGAGGAGCCCGUCGAAAGGGCUAUCAUCGAAGAGGCUAUCACUGCUCCCGCCGCCGAAGAGCCUGUGGCUGAAUCCCCGAUCGAGAAGGCGACCGUUGAAGAGCCUGAAGUGAAGGAAGCUGUUGAAGAAGCCAAGGAACAGCCGGCUGCUGAAGUUGUUCAGGAAGCUGUUGUGACUGAGUCCCUCCCAGAGUCUGCCGACAAGGAAGCCGUUGUUGAGGCACCUGUUGCGGAGGUUGUCAAGGAGGCCGUUGAGCCAGCUGCUGAAGAACCUGUUGCUGAAGUGGCUGCCGUCGAGACUACUCCCGAGGGAGUCGCGGAGUCGACUGUGGAGGAGGUGCCUGCCCCAGCCGAGCCUACUGUUGAGUCCACCGAAGAGCCACAGGAGCAGAAGGCUGCGGAGGUCAUCGCACCCGCUGAGGAGCAAGUCACUGAGACUAUGACCAAGGAGGAGCCGGCUGAGGUUGUUGCCGUUGAAGCUGUUGCUGAAGAGAGCGCACCCGCUGAGCCAGCUGCUGCUGAGGAGGCUAUCCCUGAAGCUGUUAGUGAAGUGAAGGAGGCUACCAAGGCCGAAGAACCUGCUAGCGAGUCAGCACCGGUUGAGCCCGAGACAGUCAAGGAAGUGCAGUCUGUGCCUGCUGCCGGUGUUGAAUCUCCUGCCGAGGAAAGCACCGCUAAGCCAGCGCACGAAGAGGCUAUCCCUUCGGAGGCUGCUAAGGAGGUUGCUCCCGAGGAGUCCAAGGAUAGCAUCUUCACCCCCGAGGUUCUCGGUGCCGGUGUUGCUGCAGUUGCUGCCGGUGCUGCCGUCACCGCUGGCGUGAUGGCGGCCUCUCACAAGCAGCCCGAAGUUGCCCCCGAGUCCGAGCACAAGCAGGUCCAGGACCAGCCCGACAACAAGGACAAGGCACCUGUUGAAGCCAAGCCUACCGAGGCGGUUACCGAAGCAUCUGAAUCUAGCAGACAGCCACAAGUCGAGGACGAUACCGAGGCCACGCACACCAAAACCCCCGAGCCCGCCGCCGCGCCGUUCGAUGCCUCCAAGGCCGUGGCCACCACGGGCGACGAGGAUCCUCGCGCCCAGAGUCAAAACCGGUCAGUUACAGCUGUUUCUCUGAACCGUAAGCAUGACAGCUGGUUUAAGACCAUCCUCCGGGCUGUGUUCACGAAUUUCUUUGGCGCCAUUUUCUCGCCGUUCCGCCGCCGCGGAAGAAACAACCAGUAGAGUCACGUCGGGUGUUGAUCCGUCGAGACGUUGUUAGUUCAUGCUUGUCGUUGCCAAAGCUAAUGUGAUUCAGGAAUCUGUUCUUGAUGAGCGUUCUUGCUGCCCCGUUGCUAGCAUUUGUUUGGCAUGCUUAUACCCGAUGAGUUGUUCGAUUUGCCGAGUUUGCCACGCCCCUAUCGUUAUCAUCGAUUCCCCUGUAUUUGGUACUUGAUGUGCUCUCCUCUCAGAUUGUCUGAAUUACUGAUUUCAUUUAAUUGUUUCUGUUUCAAAUUGCUAGUAGUUGCAGGUUUUUUCUGCCAGUAUGUAAUGAUGUGCAUGAUGAUAUGAUAAUGAUGUUUGCAGUUAUCCGUUUACAAUAUAGAUACUGCAUUUACAAUGUUCUGUCCGGUUGUUAUACAUCCAUUGUACGCAUUGUAUUCCCGAA